AUGUUCUUUUUAACAAGUUGUGCCCAUUUUGUGCCUUUUGAUUUUUCACACGGGGAGUGCCCCCCAAUCCCUUGCCCGUUGUUGUCAUGGGGGCUUAGGAAGCGAGGACUGGGACCCAAUGCUGGGGACUUUUCCCCUGCUUUGGGACUCUCGACUCAAUUAAUUUUGCAUGAACCACACCUAACCCUCAAUACUUGCACCGGAACUAUCUCCAUCUCCCCAGCAAACUUCCCUAUCUUUAACAAAAUUGGUCAGACUGUAGAGAAGACUUACUUGCCGGCCUCACGGACUAUUGUGCGAUAUCAGUAUAGUGCUACUCCAUUCCUCCCAGAUGUCAUUUCACGCUCAUAUGCCAACUGUGGCGGCCCCCAUAAUGUAUUGCAUAGGUGUUACUCCACCUACAAAUUUGAAUCUGAGGUGACAACUCUUAGAUUCAGACUUGGACUCACUCUAUGUGAAGCCAGACAGGAAGCACGUCGA